GCGACUGCGAUGCGCUUCGAUGGGACGUCGCGUCAGCUGCCGUCGUGUCGGGAUUGGAAUGUUACUGACUAACAAUCGGAACAACUGAGCACUCGGUAAUUGGACACUAGGAUCAAGGAAUCCCGUCUUUUUGAACCCUUUUCUCCUCUAUUUGCUCAGUAAGAGGUGAGCGUUUGUUUCCCUCAUAUCGACCGGAUAACUUCGCCUGCUGCGUGGCUCCCCGCCGAUCUGCUCUUUAUUCUAAAUCAGCGCGUAUGAGGCUGUGAGGGGAGGUUGUGAGAAAUAAGAAGAGAAAUGCAGGGAUUCGUCAGGUUACAGUUGCACCGCUGAGCUGCCCCUGCGCUACGACGCUUCCCCUCCGUGUUUCUGCCUCUCUUCACACGGGACCAUGGAGUGAUAAAACAGGGGGAAUAGGGCGAACACAAACCGAGGCGUCCGGAUCAGACGCGGCGGCCACACCGACGGGGUUUCACACUCGCUGGUCAAUGUGUAAGCGAGUUUAACAUCCUUACCGGGGGUAUACCUUUCCGUCUGGGAGAGCCUCGGGGACCCCUGCCGCUUCAGCCGGGGGAGAGAGUUCCCAGACGGCUGCCGGACAGUUUUCCAUUUCAUCAGCCCCACACAGGCAGCCUGAAUGAGGGCGAGAAGCAGCGCUGGAGAAGCGAGUCUCUGCAUGUGAUUGUGUCCGAGAGGGUCCGGGCAGCACUGGGCUUCUUAGGUGCUCCCAAGCCCCGCUGUAGGCGCUGUGCGAUAUGGUGAAACUCUACAGAAGAGGGAGAACGGGAAAAUACUUUUAAAAUCGCCCACAUGCACUGGAUCAAUUGCUGGAUUUGGGAACCGAAUAAGCAGAAGGGGGGUUGGGGAUCCGUGGAGGCUGCCGGAGGAUGGAGCGGUGUAGCCGGGGUUGGUGAGAGCCUAACUUCGGGCUACUUUACAUUUCUUAUUCCUAAACAACUCGCCCCUGUUCCCAGGACACAUGCAGGCCAAAAAACGCUACCUGAUCCUGCUCUCCGCCGGUGCAUGUCUGGUGCUUCUUUUCUACCUCGCAGGGGUUCAGCUUCCAGCGGCGAGCAGGAGCCGGCAUGACCGCAGCCGGAACGGGUACCGGCCCGAGCAGCCCUGGCCUCACUUCUCGGACCCUUUACACCCCUUCCUGCCCUGGGAUCAGACGGACACCGAGGAUUAUAACCUGCACAUAUCUCCGAGGCAUAAGAGGGACGUCAACACGAGUGUUUACAAAGGCAAGCGGUGCCGCAUGGACUCCUGCUUUGAUUUCUCUCUGUGUCAGAAAAACGGAUUCAAAGUUUAUGUUUACCCGCAGCAGAAAGGGGAGAAGAUCUCGGAGAGUUACCAGAACAUUUUAUCCACUAUUGAGGGGUCCAGGUUUUACACCUCUGACCCCGGACAGGCAUGCCUGUUCGUCCUUAGUCUGGACACUCUGGACCGGGACCAGCUGUCCCCGCAAUACGUCCACAAUCUGAAAACCAAGGUCCAGAACCUGCCUCUGUGGAAUGACGGCAGGAACCACCUUAUAUUUAACUUGUACUCGGGGACGUGGCCGGACUACACGGAAGACCUGGGCUUCGACAUCGGCCAGGCUAUGUUGGCCAAAGCCAGCAUCAGCACCGAGAACUUCAGGCCCAACUUCGACGUCUCCAUCCCACUCUUCUCCAAGGAGCACCCGCGGACAGGGGGAGACAGGGGGUACCUCAAAUAUAACUCCAUCCCACCUUUUAGAAAAUACAUGCUGGUGUUCAAAGGGAAGCGCUACCUGACAGGUAUCGGCUCGGACACCAGGAAUGCCUUACAUCACGUCCACAACGCGGAGGAUGUGGUGCUGCUCACCACCUGCAAGCACGGCAAAGACUGGCAGAAGCACAAGGACGCGCGCUGUGACAAGGAUAACGCCGAGUAUGACAAAUACGACUACAAGGAGAUGCUCCACAACUCCACCUUCUGUUUGGUGCCCCGCGGCAGACGACUGGGCUCCUUUCGCUUCCUUGAGGCUUUGCAGGCUGCAUGUGUGCCGGUGAUGCUGAGUAACGGCUGGGAGCUGCCGUUCUCUGAGAUUAUCGACUGGAACACAGCCGCAGUCAUCGGCGACGAGAGGCUCCUGCUGCAGAUUCCCACCACGGUGCGCUCCAUCCACCAGGACAAGAUCCUCUCCCUCAGACAACAGACUCAGUUCCUCUGGGAGGCGUACUUCUCCUCUGUGGAAAAGAUCGUGCUGACCACACUGGAGAUCAUCCAGGACCGAGCGUUGGGGCACAGCUCCAGGAGCAACCUGAUGUGGAACAGUCACCCUGGGGGUCUAUUCGCCCUGCCGCAGUACUCUGGAUACCUGGGAGACUUUCCCUUCUACUACGCCACGCUGGGUAUUAAACCAUACCCUAAGUUCACAGCCGUCAUCCACGCCGUCUCCCCUCUUGUCUCCCAGUCCCAGCCCAUCCUCAAGCUGCUGGUUGCUGUGGCCAAGUCCCAGUACUGUGCACAGAUCAUCGUCCUGUGGAACUGUGACAAACCGCUCCCUGCCAAACACCGCUGGCCUGCCACCUCAGUGCCCGUCAUCGUCAUCGAGGGAGAGAAUAAGGUGAUGAGCAGUCGUUUCUUGCCCUAUGAGACCAUAGUGACCGAUGCCGUCCUCAGCCUGGAUGAAGACACAGUGCUUUCCACCACAGAGGUGGACUUUGCCUUCACAGUCUGGCAGAGUUUUCCAGAGCGUAUCGUGGGCUAUCCUGCUCGCAGCCACUUCUGGGACAGCAACAAGGAGCGUUGGGGCUACACGUCCAAAUGGACCAACGAUUACUCCAUGGUGCUCACUGGGGCCGCCAUCUACCACAGGUACUACCAUCACCUGUACACAAACUUCUUACCCACAAGUCUGAAGAGCAUGGUGGACCAGCUGGCCAACUGUGAGGACAUCCUGAUGAACUUCCUGGUCUCUGCUGUCACCAAGCUACCACCCAUCAAAGUCACGCAGAAGAAACAGUACAAGGAGACCAUGAUGGGACAGUCUUCGAGGGCUUCUCGCUGGGCCGAUCCGGACCACUUUGCCCAGCGGCAGACCUGCAUGAACAAGUUCGCCAGCUGGUUUGGCGCCAUGCCGCUGGUCCACUCCCAGAUGAGACUGGACCCGGUCCUGUUCAAAGACCAGGUCUCCAUCCUUCGCAAGAAAUACAGGGACAUCGAGAGGCUCUGACAGGACCGGCGCCCCCUCGGGGGAGAGCCCACGCAGGGGGAGGCACGAGAGAGAGACUCAGUGGAGAGUAGAAGGAGUAGUAGGACUGCAGCAGAAUGGACGGGGAGCGACGCGGCUCUGUCUUCCACUCAGCACAUCGCCAACGACCACAGCGCAGGAAUCGGAUGAAUAGGAAACAAGCAGAUGGCGUUUGGAUACGAAAAACACAAACAGAAACCGCAAACACAGACAGACAAAGAGGAGUACACAAACUGAUGGACAUGCCAAACAGUGCUGUGUGUUUUGCAAAUGUGCAAACACGCAGCACACACUACUGACGACCAGAACUCUUGGAUAGAAUAUUUUUUUUACAACGUGAACACGGAGGACAUUGACUCUUCCUGCUCUCGGCACAUGUGCAGGAUGGUAGAAGAGGGAAGGUGAUUGCAAACCUGGCAACCCCCAUCCCCACCCACAUACCAUGAAACCUACUGUUUGACCCUAGAAACCUCCCCAGUCUGCAUCAGGACGUGAUACUGGACUCAUCACCAAACCCCAGCUUUAAAAGCCUGUUUCUUCAGUUGAUUUGAUUUCUGUACAAAUCAGCUUUCUGCUAUCAGUGUUGACUCUUCCGCCUCUCUGAGAGGUUUGAAAUCAGAGCAUCAUCAGUUUAAUAUUUUCAGUCUCAAGGCAGAGAACAUAAACAGCAGAGUCAUACCUGUUAUUACAGCCGCCUGACAAGGUUUUUAUAGCAAAGUAGACGUUAUUUCCAGAGAUUUUACUUAUCAACACACAUCUUUGAGCCUGAAAACAUUCUGUCUGUCCUAUCCUCGGCUCAUUCCUUGAUAUUGCUUUUCUAACUGCUAUCUGCUUUCCUGUUAUCACAGAGAUAAGUUAGAAAAGCAUCUUGUUCCACAUCCCAUCUACCCUCUCAUACUCGCCUCACCAGUUGUACUUUUUUCAUCUGUUUUUUUUUUUUCAUUUACUUUCAUCAGCUUUUAUUUCUCCCUUCACACUCUCUGUACUUUCACUCUUCUUGGAGUGUGUGUGUAUGUGUGUGCGUGCGUGCGUGUGUAUGUGAGUGUGUGUAAAGAGCCUGGAAAAGUUGGCUCAUCCAACCAUAAGCUCAAGCAGAGUACAUUUUCCCUCCGUUGGAAUGAGCAAAAUGAACAUUUCGGGAUGAAAUGGAGCAGAACGUUGCAUUCUAACCCAAACGUCGUUUCGCCCAUUUAUUUCUCCCUUCAUGUCCUCUGAGCUGUUUCCUUAAAGGGGGAGAUGGAAUAAAAUCUCCAACCAUAGCAGGUCUUUAGUGACCAGUGUUAUUUCACAGGAGUGCUUGUAGAGAGAUUUUUUAAUGCUGAGCGCAUCAGUGCCAAUCUGACAUCAAGGUCUGCCUUUAAAGAUGUUUAUUGCACAUCACGUUGCCUCCAUCACUUUGAGACGCCUAGGUGCUCUCGUGUUGAAAUACUCUAGUCAUCAGUCCAACGUGGCUCUCCCUGCUGUCGUAUUUUUUUUUACCCAUAUCAGAGGUCAUUAAAUUGACAAAAGCUUUUCUCCUCCAUUUGUCAGGAACAGAUACGAUUUUUGCUUCAAUUAGGGGAACCUAUUUCAUUCUGAGUGCUGUUUUAUUCCCAGGGGACAAUCUGUUGAUGAAACAAUCUCACAUUAUGGACCAUUGUGUUGUGAAAGCAGUGACCCACAAACAUGACCUCCUAGCUUUUGGAGAACAGCUCCCCCCCUUAUCUGUUUGCUCACAUCACUGUUGCAUCCACAUCAAACCGCCUGACAUUUUGCACCUUAAUUUACUUUCAUUGAUAUUGAACACCCGGAUCAAAACACUACACUAAGAAGCUCUCUCCGCCUUUAAUUGAUCAUUUUAAAGAGGAAAUGGCUAGCUUAUAGCAGAGUUUGCUAGACACUGUCAUUAGGUGCGCAUGCAGCUCAGCGCAGGCAGUCCACUCUCACACUUAGUUUGCAGACACUUGAAUGAACGCAGCAUGCUUUUAGUGGCCUUUCUGUCAGGCAGACAUUCGGUCUAAUGUCUCCGCCAAAGCUGUUCAGUGUGAGUGUGUUAAUCUUUGACAUCGUCACACAUUCAACGACUGUUUUACUUUCAGGUUUUUAUCAUUCAUUGUUAUCUUUUUUUCUACACAUGCUUUAUGUUCAAAUGUAUUGUAAAGCCUUUACAGUAUCAACAAAGGUUUGUUUAAGGUGUCAUAUUCAAGAAAACUACUGUUUCAUAUCAAACCUGGCAGGAAUAUUAUGGAUUUUCUUUCCUCUGCUUUUUGUUUUCAAUAUCAUGUUAGUGUUUUUUUUUAUUCUGGGACUAAAAGUUUGUAUGUUUAUUUGUUUGCCAGGAGAGAUUUAUUUUCUGUUUCAUUCAUUUACAGCACAUUUUUCUGGGAAAAACGUACUCCCCUUGUUUCUGCAUCAGGUCCGUAUUUCAUCUACAGAGGACCAUAUUGUUGAAACGCAUAUCAAGGCUCUUAUGUUAGAUCAUUUGAAUCAAUGUUGUUGAUCAUCUCCAGACAACUGUCUCCCUCAGCUUUGCAGAUAUUUCCCCCCAAAGUGACACCAUCCAUUUAAGACCCCUGCCACUCUCAGCACUGUACAUAGGCAUAUAUUUAUUUUUGGGAAAAGAAAGAAAAAAGACUGUGUACAAUUUGAGAUGACGUGGCGAUAUAACAAGAAUGAUCCAGCAUCGCUGAGGGGAGCUAAUGAUAUUUAUUAAGUUUAUUUUCCAAACGCUGUGCACAUUAAUCCACAAAGAUGCCAAUUCACAGCUCAUAUUGUGCUUCACUCUGCACUGGUUUUCCUGGGGAGCAAAAAUCACACUCCUCCUCCUCCUCCAACAAAAAUUCCCCAGGAGGGAUGAGUCGUCGGCGUAGAAUUCAACUUUAAAAGAUUGCAUAUGUCAGUGAUCUGGAAUUAGAUUUGGAUGCAGCAUCUUGGCUCUCUGUAGGAGUCAAAUUGCAAAGUCCCAAUAAAAAGUACGCCAAGUGAAACAUGGAAAAUAAUAAGCAGCUGGGUCCUUUGUAGCAGAUGGAAACAUUUUCAGCUUCUGCUGUGACAUCGUCCCCUCAAGCACCAUAAAAAUUGCGACCAGGCUGACACUUUUUUUCUCUUUUUAGGUCAAAAAGCUUGCCUCCACGUUGCACUUGGUGUGAUUUAAAGUUCAUCAAGUCCAGAGCUUGUUUGGAAGUGAGAAGGGACAUGAUUUAGUCCACCAGGAAAACCUCUGCAUCUGCUGAAAUGCCUCUGUCGUAUCUGUCAUUUGAUAAGAGGGAACUUUAUGCAAGUUAUCAUUGUGUGCUUCAAAACAGAUGGGCUACGGUUAACCCUAAAUGUGUGGGGCAGUCGGUGUUCAUAGUGGCUCUGGAAACGAGUCUGUUCUUAAUUUGUGCCUUUUUAUCAACAUGUGAGUUCUCGACGUGCCGAGCACUGUCGUGUUAUUUCCAGUCGACGGACAGCAACAACACCGAGUGCAGGGCGAGAAAACAGUCCUGCCUUCAUACACUGGAUGAGUCACAGCUUCCAUUCUCUUAGCAUAAAAGCCCCGUUUUCAUCUCUGUGUUUUGGACACUCUUGCCAAGGCAAUGAUGUAUGACCACUUCCUGGGAUUAUUUAUCAGUGAUUGGCUGUGUCACAUUAGCAAUCAGCCAUCAUAUCUGUUGAUCUGUAAGGACUCGGUCUAGCCCAGCGGUCCUGAUGCCUUCUCCUCCCUCCUACCUUGUAAUUAACAGAAGACUUUUAUAGAGGUCACAAAUGAAAUAGAUAAAUGCCAAUUUUGUAAGAAUGAUUUAUAAAAAAAUAAACUCAUAUUUGAUGAUAA